AUGUUUGAAUAUAUGUUAAAAAAUGAGCAAAUCAUUAAUCCUUGUAAAUUAGCAUUUGAUAGACCUUCAGAUAAAUUUAGAUCUUUCUUAAAGAAACAUUAUAAUUUAGAAAAUUUUGUUCAACAGCCUAAUAAUUUUGUUGUGUUUGACGAAUAUGGUUUGCCAGAUAUUCCGACAAACUUACAUUUACUUAAUAAAACUCUAACUCGUAGACAUUCUUCAGAAAUUAAUUUAUUAUCGAAUGAAAAAACUCCACCAUCAGGAACUUAUCAUAGACAUACCAGAUCUCUUACACCAAAUCAUCAUUAUUACACUUCAAAAAGAGAACUAAUUAGUCAACAAGAACAUGGCAAACAAUCUUUAUAUGAACAAAUAAAUCAAGACGCACCACCUCCCCCAUAUACACCACCACCCGAGCAAGCUGGUGGUAGUUCAAAUACCAACACUUCUGUUGUUACAAGCGAAGGAGUUGCUACUGAACAAACUCGUUUAAAUUCAAAACCAACACAGUCAUAUACUGUUACAAAGACCUAUUCGCCUACUCCCAAUUUAACUUAUAGCCCUCCUACAAACAGAGGAGUUUAUCAACCUCCUGAGACGGUCGUACUUACAGCGGCCGUACCAUUAGAGGCUUUACGCACUGAACCAGUGGUGACGACCUGCCCUCAUUGUCGACAGGUAGUUUUGAGUAGCGUUCGUUUUGAAAUUGGUGGCUGCACUUGGUUGACAAGUUUUGCUUUAUUUUUCCUUGGUUUUGGUGGUGGUUGUUGUUUAAUUCCCUUCUGUAUAACUGAUAUGAAAGAUAGUUAUCAUUCAUGUCCAAAUUGUGGUAAAAUUAUGGCAAAAUAUUCAAGGUUGGAUGGUAAAGUAUUUAGAUAUAGAGGAUAA